GACCCUCAAGAUGUCGACCUUCUCCGCCACCCCCAUUGUCAUCGAUGGCAAGGGGCACCUUCUGGGUCGGCUGGCGUCCAUCAUCGCCAAGCAGAUUCUCUCCGGCCAGAAGAUUGUGGUGGUCCGUUGCGAGGAGAUCAACAUCUCUGGCAGCUUCUUUAGAAACAAGCUGCGCUACCACAACUUCCUUCACAAAAAGCACCUCGUGAACCCGAAAAAGAACGGUCCCUUCCACUUCCGCGCCCCGUCCAAGAUCCUCUACCGCUCCAUCCGCGGCAUGAUCCCCCACAAGACGGCACGAGGCGCCGCCGCUCUCGAGCGCCUGAAGCUGUUCGAGGGUGUGCCCCCGCCCUACGACCGCAAGAAGAAGAUGGUUGUUCCGGACGCUCUCCGGGUGCUCAGGCUCAAGCCCGGUCGCAAGUACUGCACCGUGAAGCGCCUGUCGCACGAGGUUGGCUGGGGCUACAAGGAUGUCGUUGACCGGUUGGAGGAGAAGCGCAAGAUCAAGGCGCAGGCCUUCCACGAGCGGAAGGUCGCCGCCCUCAAGCUGCGCCAGAAGGCGGUCGCAUCGACCUCAGGGUCGUUCGAGCAGCUCACCUCGCUCGGUUACUAGUCGCAGUCGCAGUCGCCGCUCCGUUUCGCCCACCACCCCCACGCCAUAUGAAACCGCCGCCGCCAGGUCCGAUAUGCUAUACUGCCUAUAUGUAACCUUGACUAUCGAGUCGACGUCUAUGCCAU